UAUUUUACUAGCGCUAAAGCUCCUACUUAUUCUAUACUUUUUAUAUUUUUUUACAAUAUUAAACUAAAGUUAAGCUUAAUAGGGUUUUUUUUCCUUGCUAAUUUGGCUAAGCCCGUUCCCUUAGCUGUAGUUUUACUAAAUAGUAAAUAA